CGUUCAUUAAUCAUUUCGAUGUUUGUCACUCUAAAUCCAGAAGCUUUCUCUCUCCUCUUCUCCAUUCACUAUGGGAACUGGUGGUGGCGCACCUUCCUCCUCCUCCGCCUCUUCCGGCUGGUCCGGUUUCUGGUCGUCGGCGCUCCGAUCGAAGCGCCUCGUCUCUCCGGCGGAGAAGGCGGCUGCUGAAAGCAACGGCCGGGGACUCUCCCGCCGCCUUGGAGUCCUCGACCUAGUCCUCCUCGGGAUCGGUGCUUCCAUCGGCGCCGGCAUCUUCGUCGUCACCGGUACCGUCGCCCGUGACGCUGGACCCGGAGUAACAAUCAGUUUUAUACUUGCCGGAGCAUCAUGCGUUGUAAAUGCACUCUGUUAUGCCGAGCUAGCUUCUCGUUUCCCUGCUGUUGUCGGAGGAGCGUAUCUAUACACAUACACGGCCUUUAAUGAGAUCACUGCUUUCCUUGUUUUUGCACAAUUAAUGCUUGACUAUCAUAUUGGAGCAGCUAGCAUAGCAAGAAGCCUGGCAAGCUAUGUGGUGUCAAUUCUAGAGCUCUUCCCUGUGUUGAAGGAUAACAUUCCAGACUGGAUUGGACAUGGUCAGAACAUUGGGGAAGUUCUGUCCAUCAAUGUCUUGGCUCCAAUUCUCCUAAUUCUUCUCACUCUGAUUCUUUGCUGGGGUGUUGGAGAAUCUUCGGCUGUGAAUGCAUUCAUGACAGUGACCAAGAUAGUCAUUGUUAUAGUUGUCGUUCUUGUUGGAGCUUUUGAGGUUGAUGUUUCUAACUGGUCUCCCUUUGCUCCGAAUGGCAUAAAAAGCAUAUUUACUGGAGCUACUGUAGUCUUCUUUGCUUAUGUUGGAUUUGAUGCAGUUGCCAAUUCUGCCGAAGAAUCUAAGAGACCGCAGCGGGAUUUGCCAAUAGGCAUAAUUGGAAGCCUCUUAGUAUGUAUUGCAUUGUAUAUUGGAGUAUGCUUAGUUAUUACGGGGAUGGUCCCAUACAUGUAUCUUGGAGAAGAUGCUCCUUUGGCUGAAGCUUUUACAUCAAAAGGAUUAAAAUUUGUAUCUGUUCUGAUUAGUAUUGGUGCCAUUGCUGGACUUACAACAACACUCCUUGUUGGUCUCUACGUUCAGUCUCGGUUGUAUCUCGGGCUUGGCAGGGAUGGUUUACUACCCUCGAUAUUUGCCAGAGUUAACUCCAAACGGCACACUCCUAUUCAUUCACAGGUCUGGGUUGGAUAUGUUGCCAGUGUUUUGGCUGGACUAUUGAACGUAACAAUGCUUUCACACAUUCUCUCUGUUGGUACACUGACUGGCUACUCAGUUGUCUCGGCAUGUGUUGUAGUACUUCGGUGGAAAGAUAGGACAAAUAGUCAAUUAUCAAUUUCAGCUAAGCAGGAGGGUGUAAUUUGCCUCGUUGCUAUUGCUGCUUGUGGAUUCGCUACUGGGCUCUUAUUCCGUUAUGAUGCUUCGCCUAUUUUUAUGAUUCUAGCUAUACUUGUUGCAGUAGGUGCUUCUGCUGCUCUUCUUAUCCGCCAGGCUUAUUCAGAUACACCAGGAUUUUCUUGCCCUGGAGUUCCCCUUCUGCCAUGCCUUUGCAUCUUUUUUAAUAUAUUCUUAUUUGCUCAGUUACAUCAUGAAGCGUGGGUGAGAUUUGUGGUUCUAAGUCUUGUCAUGGUUGGUGUUUAUGCCAUCUAUGGCCAGUAUCAUGCUGAUCCCAAUGCAGCAGAUACCAUCAUGUAUCACCGGGCACCAGAGGAUGAAGCUCAAUGAGUCUUAGGAGAACUUUGGGUUGGUGCUAAUGUUGUAUCUAUCACUUUCUUUGACUUUUUCCCUCUUGGGAUAGAUUCUUGGGUGCUCCCAAAACAACAAAAAAAUUUAUGGUCCGAUCCAUUUAGUGUUCGACACUUAGUUUUAUAGGUCAUUAUUGUCUGCAAUCAUAAGUAGAUUUUUUUUUUUUGCAAUUGGUGAAGUGUCGAACUUGUAACGGAGUAGAGCACCAACUAUUUCUUUCUUUUGACUGCGGAUGUAACCAAUGAAUGUAGCAAAUCAUGAAAGGAAUGCCCACUUUAUAUAAAGGAAUAUGUGGGUAAAGUUUGUAAUAAGAAUCUCCAAUGUAUAAGGUGCACUUCUACUAGCGUUAGUGUAAUUCAAUCAAUGUAACAGUUAGAAAGAUUACUCAUAA